CCUCCCUUCAAUGGCUCGUCGCCAUUCACGGAGUUCGCCUCCUCCAUCCUCGCCGCCUCCCCCGCCGACUGCCUCAAAAUUGUCCAAGUUCCUGCCCAAGGCUAGUCGGGACCGCUCCAAAUCCGUCACAGAGACUGUCAUCUCCGCUAGCAGCCCCAUCAGCGUCUCCAGCUCUGGAUCCUCGAUACAUACAACCGCAGAGGCAUCCACAUCACGGAUAGCAACCCACGCCCGUCGGCUCAGCCGAUUUGGAGGAGGUGGGAAAGGCAAGGACGACAAACCAACUGGCCUCCCAGGAGACGCUGAUAGCGACCGUGGCUCCUUUGACGACGCCCCCGUCAUCAUCGAGCCCUCAGACAUGCCUCGACAGCGUCAGCGUGGCGACCGCCCAUACAUGGCCGCCCCCGAGCUGCAAUCGUCAACCUCCAUGUACUCGACGUCCCCAAACGCGCGAAUAAGCGAUCUUCCGACCCGACUUUCCGGAUGGUUCUCGCACACCUUCAGCUCCUCGACCAACGACCUCUCCCUCCCCAGCCUCAUCCAGCAGACCAACACUCGGACGACCUCCCCCACGAAAGGAAAGAACUCGGCGCUUCUCACCGCAGCCAAGCACGGCAAGGGCCACCUGGACCGCGCGAUGAGAUUCAUCCUCGACAGCGAUGCGACCCCUGACAAAUCGACGGACCCCAUCUGGAUACUGGGAGUCAAGCACGCCGGAUACGAGCCCCCACCCGUCAACAACCCGCCCGGACGCAGACCCUCGUUAGAUUCACAGCGCCUCCAGUCUUCGGCAUCAUCCAUGAAUUCGCAGUUCUCGCAAUCACAAUCACCUGCAUCAGAAAAGCAUCCGGGCCAGGACUGGGCUCCCGAGUUCUACGCCGACUUCACAUCGCGCAUAUGGCUUACCUACCGCAAUCAGUUCGCGCCCAUCCGGGACUCGACGCUCUCGACUCUCGAGUCAGAUCAGACCAGAGAACCAUGCACCGAGAUGUCUUCCCCCUCGCCCAAAUCGAGACGCUGGUUCGGCGGAGAGAAGGGCUGGACAACCGAUACUGGCUGGGGCUGCAUGCUCCGCACGGGGCAGACCCUCCUCGCGAACGCGCUCCUCCACCUCCAUCUAGGUCGAGAUUGGCGACGGCCCCCAUAUCCACUGUACACGGAAGACUACGCCACCUACGUCCAGAUAAUCACUUGGUUUCUCGAUUCACCGCUGCCCCAGGCACCUUUCAGCGUGCACCGGAUGGCGCUCGCCGGGAAAGACCUGGGGAAGGACGUCGGCCAGUGGUUCGGACCCAGCACAGCUGCCGGCGCGAUCAAGCGCCUUGUCCAGGCUUUCCCGGACGCCGGGCUGGGUGUCGCAGUCGCAUCUGACGGCGCGCUGUACCAGACGGACGUGUACUCGGCAUCGUACGUCGAUGUUGGCUCGCCGAGGAAUGUGAGGAAGCUACGAUGGGGCGGGCGCGCGGUGCUCGUGCUGUUUGGGAUACGCUUGGGGAUCAAUGGGGUCAAUCCUAUCUACUACGAUACCAUCAAGGGACUAUUCGAGAUCCCGCAAUCUGUCGGUAUCGCAGGCGGGCGCCCGUCGUCCUCGUACUAUUUCAUGGGUGUGCAAGGCGACAACCUCAUCUACCUUGACCCCCACCACGCCCGCCCCGCCAUCCCGCUCCGCCCGCUCCCCGAGGCUGACGAAGGCAACCAACACGGCUUCCGCCGGUGGGACCGCGAAAACACGCCAGAGGACGCCUCGAGCCGGCGCGUGCCGGGUGCAAUGUCGGCCAGCUCCCCGCCGGGGUCGUUCCCCGGGCACCACUAUCGCACGCCGACAUCGCCGUCGUCGGUGCGGACGCACUCGUCGACGUUCUCGUACCACGCGCCCGUGUCGCCGUCGCCGCUGCAGCACCAGCUGUCGUCGUCGUCGGGCAACUCGGCGAGCUCGGGCUCGCAGCACCCGGCGCGGUGGCAGAAUGCGACGGUGGGCGCGCAUGUUGCGUCGAGCAGCUCAGAUCUGGACCCGCGCGAGCUGGGCGCGGCCGGCGCGGUGGGUGGUACGGGUGGUAACGGGGGCACCAUGGGAGGUAAUGGGGGCGCCAUGGCGGGCGAGACGGGUGCGGAGCUGGAUCCACUGUCGCUGCAUUAUAUCAAUGCGUACAGUCCUGCGGAGCUCAAGACGUUCCAUUGCGAUCGGGUGCGGAAGAUGCCGCUGAGCGGGCUGGAUCCGAGUAUGCUGCUUGGGUUCUUGUGUCAGGAUGAGGAGGACUGGAUCGAUUUCAGGCACCGGAUCACUGAUCUCAUGCACCGUAACAAGACGAUCUUCGCUAUCCAAGAUGAGCCGCCAAAUUGGUCCGAGGAAAACGUUGGCCUCGAAUCUAUUUACGACGAGGACGACGAGGACGAGCUCGCCGAAACAGAGGACGGCGACGAGGCAGAUCGGUUCUUUGACACUCGCUCGGCAUCUGGCUCGCCUGCCGGAUCUUCCGCCAGAAAAGGCUCCGAGGUGGACACAGAGGAGGACCCGAUUGGUCCGAUUACCCCUGGCCCGAACUCGACAUUCGAGGUGCACAAGCACGGCAAGGAGGCAGAGCGCGAGAAGCGCGAGCCUGAACCUGAACCUGAAGACGAUUUUGAGGAUCUCGGGAGGGAUGACGGGGAAGAUGGUGUGGAUGACGACGACGAUGAGGACUGGGUGGAUCCCGGUAUGCCGACGCCGGGGCCGACGCAGGUGCAGUUCUUCCCCAGCUCAAACCCGGCGGGCGAGCCGCCGGAGCUGGAGAGGCCGCAGCCGUCGCAGAGGCAGUCGCCAUCGCGGCAUGAGACGCUGAAGGCGCGCUCGGGGUCUGCAGGGAGCGAGGGCCGGUUGAAGGAGAAGAAAAGCAAGAAGCAGUCGUCGUCCUCCAGCAGGAAGGACAAGGAGCGCUCAGGCUCGACGUCGACUUCGCCGAGCCCGCCCGCGCAGGGACAGGGUCAGCAUUUCCCCUUCCCGAGCUCCAUGGAGGAGAGCUUCCACGAUGAGACGGGGGAGCGCCUGGCCAACAGGAUGAACAAUGCGCGUGCGCGCGACGGUGGGCGAACGGAGAGCGGGGGCGUCAAGGCGAUUAUUGCGGAGGAUGGUGUGGACUAUUCGCGAUAGGUGUGAGGACCCUUGGGUGCGUUCGGACGGACGGACGGACCGGCGCGAUUGGCUGCUUUUCUUUCUCUUGCAUUUUUCUUCUUUUCUUUUUCUUGCUUUCCCUACGGUGUGUAUUGAUUGGUUCGGUUUAUCUUCCCGGCUUCCCUUCCCCUUCCCCUUGCCCUCCCGCCAGCCUCCGCUUAUCAACUAGCACUUCUACCAACAUUAUUAGCAGGCGAAUAUGGGCCCACCCCUCCUCCCUUUCCUUAUUCCUCUCUUUCUCUUUUUACUUUUACUUUUAUUAACGUUAUGUACCCUCUCCUUCAACUAUUGUCGAUGUACCCGGAUCGGCAUUCUUAUCCUGUGUAACCCUAUGUACAUUGUCCCCCUCGCAGCAGUCCUACUCUUGAGAUACCCCACAAUGGCUUUUCCCUAUUUCUAGCUCUUGCUCUUACUCUUUCUCUCACUCUUGGUCUUGCU